CUGAUAAUUUUUUUCUAAAUAGAGGGCGCACUCAUCCAAUAUGGCAGCUUGCAGGGAACUUCGCAAAGAACAUGCCAAGGAAUUUUUCGAAUCGUUUGACACGGUUCUGUUCGAUUGCGAUGGGGUGAUAUGGGACGCAAACGAUGAAAUACCUGGCGCUAAAGACACCCUGAGAAAAAUAAAGGAAAUGGGCAAGAGGAUAAUCUUCAUCACAAACAACAGCACGAAGUCGCGGACUCAGUACGCAAAGAAGUUUACCGAGCUCGGUUUUGAAAGUGUGCCCAAGGAGCGCAUAUUCUGCACGUCCUUCGCAGCAGCGCACUACCUGAAGGAAAAGCUGAAAUUCCAAGGCAAAGUGUACCUGAUUGGAGAAGCUGGUUUAGAAGAAGAGUUGACUGAGUAUGGUAUCAGCUACACGGGACCGGGGCCUGAUCCUGUUACUGGGAUCCAGAAGGAAUGGCUUCAUAUACCACUGGAUCCAGAGGUAAAGGCGGUCUGCGUGGGUUUCGAUCGCCGGUUCAGCUAUUUCAAGAUUCUCAGGGCCGCCUCUUACCUGAAUAAACCAAACGUUCCUUUCUUGGGGACCAACGAGGACCAGAGGUUCCCCCCACAUGUCGGGUACGAGAUUGUUUUACCAGGUACUGGUUGCAUCAUAAAUGCAGUAAAAACGGCAGCGUUAAGAGAGCCUUUGAUCCUUGGGAAACCGGAGAGUUAUCUGUUCGAGUGCAUUCAACAGAGCAUCAAGGAGGUGGACCAGUCUCGGACCCUCAUGGUUGGUGAUAACCUCCACACAGACAUCCCCUUCGGCCGUAACUGCGGCCUGAAGACGCUCUUAGUUCUCACCGGAAUCUCCACCCUGGAAGAGGCGCGGCACUUCCAAGCUAGCAACUCCAUCCACGAUCAAAAGAAGGUCCCUAACUUCUAUCUGCCUUCUAUUAAAGAACUCGGGGAACUAAUCGACAAAGUGCAAUAGGCUUUGAAUUUGUUUUUCUUCAAUUAGAAUUGAAAGUGAAAAUCCUUGGGUUUGAUAAAAAGCCUCUGCAAAAUCUCUGACUUUGGUUUCCAGCUCCAUUUUGCAUGAUUGUAUGGGAGCUGUAAUCAAGUUACCCAUCGCUGUGGUCGCCAUCUUGGUCUGGCUCCUGGAAACCAACAUAUUCUCAAUGUGCUGAAUCUCAAGUGCUUCUAACAGUUACCACUCUUAAAUUUAGUCACAGUACUUACAGCUGUGUUAAGUGACAUAUAACAGAAAGCUUUGCUUCACAGCUCCUUUUGGCACUUAAGUACGUUUCUUUAUAAUUUU